ACAAAACCUCUGCAGCAUCCCAGCUGAUGCCCCAACAUUCUGCUUCUGCCAAGAGGAAAGACGCAAGAAGAAGAAUAAGCAUCCUUUCAAUUCCAUCAGCGAGCGAGGAGUAGGAGGAGUCAAUCGAGUGAGAUCGUGAUGCUGCAUGCAGGUGCCAACAAGUGAGAGGUAGCCGAGAGACGGAGGACCAGGGAGAUGAAGAAGAGUCUGUGAGAGCAGAAGAACACACCCAGAGCUCCGAGAGAAACCAAACAGCCACUGUAUUUUCAGCCCCGCUCCAGUUAUUCUUGUUCGUCCCUUCUGCUGCCAUGCUGUGUCCUGUGCUGCUUUGUGCCACUCUGCUCCUUCUGACACCUCUGGAGAUCACGGAGGCUCGCACUCUGCACCCUUCUCCUGAUGCUGUGCAGUUUAUGGAGCAGUUUCUGGAACGCUACAAUGAGCUUUUGACCCUCGAUGACCUGGAGAACCUGUUAAACAGCCAACCAGAGGAGCAGUCCACCUUCUCCUCAGGGGUCAAAGCGGCCGAAUACCCCAAAUGGUCUGACACACAAACCCAGGCAGAGACCCCCUGGCUGCGCCUUCUGAAGGGGGCUCUGGCCAAUCAGAAGCGAGCGGAGCCGGACCGGUCACGUAGGGGAUGGAACCGGGGAUGCUUUGGGCUGAAACUGGAUCGGAUUGGGUCCAUGAGUGGACUGGGCUGUUAGUGGAGAGGAAAAAUAAAGACUAAUGUCAUCCUUCUUAGAAUAUUAUGAGGAAAAACACACAUGCAAGGGCGUUCACGUGCACUGAAGGAUUUUUCAUGUAGUAUGGUGUAAACUUGCAGCAUUGCUAAUGUGGUUUCAUCUAGCGUAGAUCAGAUGCUUCACAUUAUUGUGGCUGUUCUAACAGAGCAGCUGUAGUUUAUUACAAGUGUAAGCAUUAAACUGAAUAUUAGAAUAUGUGAGCUAUAUUUACAUCAAGUGAUCAUCUUUGAUUUUUGGGCAUUUUUUUAAAGUAAAUUGGCACAUAAUGCAUUUCUUGCCUCUUCGUACAGUGAAUGUGAUUAGACAAUUAUAACUCUGUUGAUGGGGAUUGUGUGUUAAACAGGUGUGAUGAGCGUGAAUAUUAAAUAAAGAUAGCACCUGUGA